UCGUCCCCAACCAAACAUCAAUUAAACACAACCGCCUGACGCUAACAGGAAAACGGCCGGUUAGCCGGGAAAUGAGAAGCACCGCCACUCUUCUCAUUAUUGCCUCCUCUGUUUCCACCCCUCCUCCGUCUUUUCCCAAGCAUACACUCACUACUACUAACCCUAAACAAUCAAAACCGUCGUCGUCGUCGUCUUCUUCUUCUUCUUCUUCUUCUUCCUCUCAGUCUCAUCGUCCUCCUCUGCUCACUACUGUUCGAUGUGGGGAAAAUCGUCAGAGCUACCAUCGGAUAAAUUACUAUGCCGAACUAGCUUCAAAGCUCGCAGAAGAGGGCAGGUUCCAGGAUUUGUUCAUGAUUGUGGAGACGGUUACAAGUGGUGGUGGUAGUUCUGGAUUGAAGGCGGAGGAGUUUGUGGCAUUGUUGAAUGCUGAUCUUGUUUCUAAGGGGAUUUUGAGUGUGAUUGAGAGUGAUGGAGGCGUGCGGGGUGUGAUCAGAGUGUUGACCUGUUUUCAGAAGUUAGGGAUUGGUAGUGCAUUGGAAGUGUUGCUGUCUGAUAGAUCUGUUGUGGAGGCGAUUGGUCGCGAAUGUAACCGGAUUUUGAAGUUUGGUGAUGCGAAGGAGGUUGUUGAUUUGAUGGAAACGCUCUCUAGAUUCCAUUUAUCUGUUGAAGAUACAGUGGAACCAAUUGAGGUUAUAAGAAACUGUGUCAACAAAAGGAACCCAUAUGUGGCCAUAAGGUAUGCGAGUUUCUGUGUCUACUCAGAUGAAAUAUUCUGUACCACAAUUCUUGAAUUUGGAAAGAAAGGAGAUAUGGCAUCUGCGCUGACUGUUUUUGAAGCAUCCAAACAUAAUCUGGGUUGCGUAAAUAUGUAUGCUUACCGCACAAUCAUAGAUGUAUGUGGUCUUUGUUCUGACCAUUUGCAAUCUAGGUCCAUUUAUGAGGGGUUAAGUGCUCAGAAAAUCAACCCAAAUCUGUAUGUAUUCAACAGUCUUAUGAACGUAAAUUCCUGCGACCUGAGCUACACGAUGAAUAUUUACAAGCAUAUGCAAAUUCUAGGUGUUGCUCCAGAUAUGGCAUCAUAUAAUAUCCUUUUAAAAUCAUGCUGUCUUGCUGCUAGAGUUGAUUUGGCCCAAGAAAUAUACAGGGAGGUAGAGAAUUUGGAAUCAAGAGGAUCAUUGAAGUUGGAUGUAUUCACAUACAGCACAUUGAUUAAGGUAUUUGCAGAUGCAAGAAUGUGGCAGAUGGCACUAGCAAUGAAAGAAAAAAUGAUUGAAGCUGGCGUUACUCCAAACGCCGUUACAUGGUCAUCGUUGAUCAGUGCAUGUGCCAAAGCAGGUCUGGUAGAUCAAGCAUUUGUAUUAUUUGAAGAGAUGGUUCUGGCCAAUUGCAUGCCAAAUUCACAGUGUUGCAAUGUCCUCCUUUAUGCGUGUGUUAAGGCUUUCCAGUAUGAUAGAGCCUUCCGUUUAUUUCAAUCCUGGAAGAGGAAUUCGUUUCAGAUGGCCUUUGGUGAUAACUAUAUUGCCAAUAGGCAAAGUUUGUCAAAAGGGGGCUUGCAAAUUGAUAUGAAGGUUCCUUUCAAACCUACUACUUCGACAUAUAAUGUACUUAUGAAGGCUUGUGGCACUGAUCACCUUCGUGCAAAAGCUUUAAUGGAUGAGAUGAAGAGAUUUGGCCUUUACCCUAAUCAUAUAAGCUGGUCAACUUUGAUUGGUGUUUAUGGGGGCUCCGGGGAUGUGAAGAGUGCUGUACAGAUUUUGGAAACCAUGCGCGAGUCUGGCGUCCAGCCUGAUGUUGUUGCAUAUACAGCAGCUAUUAGGGUUUGUGUAAAACAGAGGGAAUUGAACUUGGCAUUUUCUUUAUUUAGAGAGAUGAAGAAAUAUCAAAUACAACCAAAUAUGGUGACAUACAACACACUUCUCAGGGCACGAACCAGAUAUGGUUCCUUAAAAGAAGUGCAACAAUGCCUAUCUAUAUAUCAGGACAUGCGUAAAGCAGGGUUUAAACCUAAUGAUUACUAUCUCAAGGAACUGAUAGAGGAAUGGUGUGAAGGGAUAAUACAAGAUAAUAACCAUCGGCCACAAGGCCAGCUAAACUCUAGCAGCCGAAGGGAUUUAGGGGGACCACACAGUUUGCUUCUUGAGAAAGUUGCAUCACACUUGCAAAAGGGUAAUGCAGAGACGCAAUCCAUAGCUGUUGAUCUUCGAGGGCUUACAAAGGUUGAAGCACGCAUUGUUGUCCUAGCAGUUUUGCGAAUGAUAAAAGAAAACUACCAUCCAGGAGAAUUGAUAAGAGAUGACAUGUUUAUAGUGUUGGGAGUCCAGGAAGUAGGUGCAGCUGCAGAUAAACAUCAAUUUGAUGUAAAAGAUACAAUAAUCAAACUUCUACAGGGCAAUCUCCGCCUCGAGGUUCUGCCAUUAGGACCUAAAAUCCCAACCGAGAUAAGAAUCAAUGUGGAGAAUCCCUUCAAUCCACGUUCCAACUUAGAUAAAAAGACAUCCCCCACCAGAAGACCAGCAGUUUUGCAGAGGCUGAAGGUGACAAAAAGAUCCUUGUAUCAUUGGUUACAGAGAAACUCAAAUGAACAGAGAAGAAGGCAAGUAUGGCAUACCCACAAUUGAUGUUUUGUACAUAAUUAAUUGAAACGUUGAUUAUACCAUAUAGUAUAUUGCAAAAAAUGUGAUUGUAACACACCUCUCUAAUCCAAUUUAUUGAAUAUAAAUAAAAUAUCACUUCCAUUUUGUUCUCA